GCGCGCAUGAGUGGGGGCUGGACAACCAAUGAACGUUCACUAGUACCUUCGCUCAAGCGACGACGAGUGCCCGUGUAGAUUGUCAUUCGAAAUUCAAAUUUAUAUUCGAUCGAAUUACGCUGUUCUGUUUUUAAAAAGGUGCACGUGUGUGUUCGAUGUUCAAAUCUCUAACUAUGUUUACCCAUGUGUGAGUGAAUUGUUGUUGAAAAUGUGACUGUGUUUGGAUCAUACGUGAAAUCGAUCUGUGAUCGAAAAAUGGCACUUACUGACGUUUACAAAUAACCGCCGAUUUCGCUAAAAUGCGUGAGUUCAUAAGAAUCAUAUUGUUGUGUUUGUGUGCGUUUUUGUUAUCCGCCCGUGAAGGGGCGAGUGAGGAAAGCACGGGAUUUGGGGAAGUGAGUGUGACUGAGGGAAAGGCGGAGGAGCAGGGCGAGAGGAAAGAUGUCAAAAGCAAUUUACCAGGCUCAGUACGACGGGGCACAACUCAGAGCGGUUCAAACACGACGAGGGACUCUCAACUCCUCUCAGUCCUCGCUGCGAGGCGACGGCAGCUCCUCACGGGACGUCUGGCCAGCCACAUAAAUACUCUUGCUAAUAUAGCGAAUAAACCACACAAAAGCAACACUACUUUCGCUCAAUUAGAAAUUCGUGAUUCAAAUAAUACUCUUGUAAAAAGGAUAACAUUUGAUAACUCGACAAAUGAAGCCAUAGCACCGACUUUGAAACUAAUCACUCACGAUGGAGUUAAAGAGACUCGACAAGACAUUAAACCUCAUGAGAUAAGACACCUAUUCAUACCUAGAAUAUAUCAAGAUAAUAAAAACAGAGCAGGAUUUUUAAAUAAUCGACGAUUUAACAAAACAAAUGCUGCUGAAACGAAGACUGAAAGUUCUAUAAUUUACGUCCCACCAGAGAAAGGAGAGGAAUUGGAUAAAGGUAUUGAACUGGACCCAGAAGAAGAAUUCCAAGUUGACGAAUCGAAUCAUGGCUUAUAUUUACUGAAUUAUUCUGAUACUGAUAACGUUACACAAAGUCCACCUGUAGCACCUAACAAAACAACGUCCAGUAACGAAAUUAAAGAAAACACUACAAUAUUAACUGAUACAAUAUCCAUAACCACUGAAAAACCUGAAGAAACAACUACCAAGGUUGAAGAUCAAGAGAAAGACAAACUAGAAACCAAUACAAUAGCUAACAGUACUGAUGUUCAGAAUACGAAAUUAAUAAAAGUAGAUCACGAAAAAGAUAAAGGUAAUCAAACAUUAUUCAUGUCACAAGAGAUUUAUAACCAUUUCCGACCAUUAGAAACGGAACUUCCCGAUGAAGAAAUGGCACCAUUUAUAUAUUUUGGACAAAAGUUAGGUGGUCCAGUAAUAAACGAUAACUUGACAAACUCUCCUUCAUUGUCAGCUUCGACUAAAGCCGCUAAUUUUAUCGUUGCUCCGCCUGAGAAAAGAAAAUUUAACUCUCGUUACUCUGCAACUGAAAAAUAUCGAAAUACUAGUGCUGGUGAAGAUGAAAUUAAUGAAGAUAUGGAUGUUUCAGUUGUUAAAAAUGUAAUUGAAAAGAAUAAAAUAAGGAACACAGUCAAGGGACCGGCUCCUGCAAGACAUGUUGGAUUAGUUAAUGCUUAUAGGAAAUAUCCUAGUACCACCCAAAAGCCACUAAACAUUGGACAGUUAAAUGUCACAGAACCUAUCGUACAAAAUGUAACGCCAAUUACACAAAACAAAACCAAAGAUAUUUUAUUAAAUUCGACGAUAACUCCGGUUGAAAAUAUAAAUGGAACUGCCAUCAAAGACAGUUUGAAUAAAACAAGCAUAUCACCCACAUCAUCCACACCACCACCAAUUCGUAAUUUUACUCGUAAUUACUUUAAUCUACGUCGACGCCCAUCAAGGAUUACUACUCUUUUGAGUACUGAAAGCAUUCUCAUUCCUCCCGUGGUAAAUACAACUACAGAAAAAGCUUCAACUUCUGUAUAUACAGCUGUUGUGACAUCCGUGUCAAUAACUUCUUCUGUGAGAGGACAAAAUAAAACGGAUCCUAUCGCUAAUGAAUCGGAUAAUAGUACAAGUGAUAUUAUAUUUGGAAACGUAGAAGAAAAGUCGAAUGUUACCGAUGACAUUAUAAUCUAUUUCAAUGACACGGAAAUAACAACUGUACCGACAACAACCACAACAACAUUAAAACCAUAUAGACAUAGGAUCAGAAUCAGAACGACGACCACUGAAAAUCCUUUCCAUAAUAAUACAUCUACUACGCCUGUUCCAAUCGCGUACAAACCGAUCGAAUCUCCACUAACCAGUGAACAAUAUAAUGGAGAUCUGAAAGUAGAAACGAUAACAUCAAAAAUUUCUGAAAGGUUAGCCAGUCUGUUCCGUCAAAAUGACUAUGAUAACGCUACGAAUGGAAUAACAAUUCGACCAAAGAACAUACUGAAAAGGCGGCGACCAAUGACCACUUCGACUACAACAACCACAAGUACGAUAAAACCAACUGUUGGUAUCCGUGAAGAAUCUACGACAAUACUCCCAACGACCACAGCGCAAGAAACUACGACACAAAGAAACGAAGUUACUGACUCGAUCUUAAAAUCUAUUAUCGUAACAUCUCGAUCUUCAUCAUCGAGUUCAAAAACAUUGCAACUCACAAAUACGACGGCAGCUGAAAACAACACCGUGCUUAAUUUGACACGAGUUAAGAAUGAAAGUGACUCUCAGAAUGAGGUUGUUAUAGAGGCAGAAAAGACAUAUACAGCUUCAUACGUAUUAGCUGGUCUUGGAUUUCUUCCAGUGAUAGCUGUAGUAGGUUUUGUGUUAAGGAACUUACUGAAUAAGAAAACGAAAGAAAUCGACACGGAAUAUGAAGGAUACUUCGACGAUGGUGGCGAUAUUAAGAAAGAAUCGCCGAUUACGCCUGUAGCUCGACCGCCGAUACCGCCACUUACAAAACCAGAUCAAAAAUGGGAAUUCCCAAGGAAUAAGCUAAGGUUGCAAACAUUAUUGGGUCAAGGAAAUUUCGGACAGGUAUGGAAAGCUGAGGCAGACGAUUUGAACGGUCACGAUGGGUUGACUCGUUUAGUAGCAGUGAAGACUAUUAAGGAGUCAGCGUCACAGAAGGAGAAGCAGGAGCUUCUACACGAGAUAUACAUCAUGCAGAAGAUAGGGACCCACCCCAAUGUGGUGACGCUGCUUGCUUGUUGUACUGAACAAGAGCCCUAUCUCUUGAUAAUGGAGUACGUGAUGUGCGGCAAGCUGCUGACGUACCUGCGCGAGCGGCGCUCCCGCCCCGACCGGUUCAGCGGCAGCGGCGCCGUCACCUCGCGCGACCUCACCGUGUUCGCGUACUGCGUGGCGAGGGGGAUGGACUAUAUCGCUUCUAAGGGGAUCGUGCACCGCGAUCUAGCCGCUCGCAACGUGCUAGUGGAUCACAACAAGCUGUGCAAGAUCGCCGACUUCGGCAUGUCGCGGUGCGCGGGCGCGGCGGCGCGGGCGGCGCGCGGCGCGCUGCCCGUGCGCUGGAUGGCGCCCGAGGCUCUGCUCUACAACGUGUACAGCCACCACUCGGAUGUGUGGGCCUUCGGGAUAUUGCUGUGGGAGAUCGUCACGCUGGGCUCCACGCCGUACGCAGCGAUGUCCGGCCGGGAAGUGCUAACCGCCGUCACGGAGGGCUACCGGCUGGAGCGGCCGCCCCACUGCAAGCCGCAGCUGUACCGCGCGAUGCACGCCUGCUGGCACGCGGACCCCAACCAGCGACCCACAUUCGCACAGCUGAAGUCCCAACUGGCAGAGCUGUUGGAUAACGAGCCCGUGGAAGGGAAUUAUGUGGAUCUGGACUCGUUUUACCAAGAGUCGUCGGUGUAUAGCGACCCGUCAGCUAUUAUAAAUGAUGAAGAGGGCUUGUCGGCGGAGUACGAUCGGGAAAGGCGGGUGUUUAGGGAAUUAAAGACAGGCCAAGGAAAGUUCGAGAACAGAGCGUUCAACUUACGCGACGAGGAGAUGCGUAAUAAAUUCGGUAUCGGCACACCGCGCAUGGGCGGCUUUGGCAUCCGCGAUCUCAACUUCGAACGAAAUUUCUCUGACGGCGAAUUCGCUGACCGCAGUUUCACCGACAAAAACUUCGCCGACAGGAGUUUCGCCGACAAGAAUUUCCCUGACAAAAACUUCACUGACAAAAACUUCACCGACAGAAAUUUCGCCGACAAAACCUUUACCGACCCAAACUUUGUUGAACGUAAAGAUGGAAAGUUGUCCACGUCCAGUUUUCAUAGGGAUAGGGAAAGAGAGAACCCACUUGUGAGCAGGAAUAGUUUUAAUGGAUUUCCCAGGAUAAAUGCGAAUAACCACUUUCAAAUGACUCCCGAUGGCAGAAACAAACGGGUCUCCGAAUUUGAGUGUGAUAUUUAAUGACUGAUGUUUGAUAGAAACUUUGUAUAUCACAUUGUCAUCAAAACAAGUUCUUGUAUUGUAUAAAAUUCCAAAUUUCUAUUUGGUAUAAACGGUAGAAAUGUUUUCGAAUUUUAUGGCUCCAUAUAGUGCAGUCUAACGAACUGUUUUGAAUUGAUCAAGAAACUUGACAACGCUUUGAUCAAAAGAAAUCCUGUCGGAUUAAUAUGGACAACAUUGGACUUUGAAGGUAUUGAACCUGAAUUUAAUAUAGUUUUAAAACCAGAUUGAGAGAUAUUUACGAGUAAAUUAUUUGAAUUGGGCGUUCAAUGACUGAGUACUUAUUCGUAGGAGCGUGAAAUUCAUGACACUAGACUUUAAAUUGAUUUCAAUUGUGUGAAAUAGUAAGGCGUGUAAAUUUUAUUGUAAAUAGUUUUAUUUAUAACAGUAUUCUGCUGAGUUUGGUGUAGAUGUAAAUAAUGAUAAGUUUAGUAUAUAGCACAGAUUUUCGAUAUGUAAUGUUUACUAAUUGCGUGUUGUUUUAUCACAAGAUUUAUAUUAUGUUGAAAUUCUACACAUUUUUAACAUGUUUCUCAAAUGCAAGCUGUGGUGCUCAGAUGGUUUGCGUUAUGUAAAUAUAUAUUUUAACAAUUUAUAUAUAAUGUUGCGUUGUAAAAUUUGCGGAAUUUAUUUUAUUUCAAAUCUCAGUUUAAUGUUACUGUCUAGUCUAAAAUUCAUAGUUAUUGGAUUGUAAAGAUCUGUUAUUUGAAUAAGUUUGAAAGAUUUAUUUUAUUAUGAAUAAAGUAAUAUGAAAUUAUAA